GCAAAUGAUCUUGUACCAGUUCAAUCACGACCUAAAUCCUGUUAAUGAAAUCGACAACAAAUGCCCGAUUCUGUUCCCAGUCCUAACUCAUAACACACAUCUUUACUUCCAUCCCUCUUCUCUCUCAAAUCUCAAUGGCUUCCUUCUCGCUCCUUCAACCUACCCAUCACUUCUCCUCCAUCAAAUGCUCCUCUUCUUCCCCCACUCCACCACCCCCCCGGCCCCAGCACCAGCCGCAGAAGCACCGACGCCCCGCCGACGAGAACAUUCGCGACGAGGCCCGCCGCCACAACCUCCCUCACAGGCACCAUUUCUCCGCUAAGUACGUUCCCUUCAACGCCCCCGCAUCCUCCACCGAGUCCUACUCCCUCGACGAGAUCGUCUAUCGCUCCCAGUCUGGCGGCCUCCUCGAUGUUCAGCACGAUAUGGCUGCCCUCAAGCACUAUGACGGCGCAUUCUGGCGCUCCCUUUUCGAUUCCCGUGUUGGCAAGACUACCUGGCCUUUCGGCUCCGGCGUUUGGUCCAAGAAGGAGUGGGUUCUGCCGGAGAUCGAUGACGACGACAUCGUUUCGGCUUUCGAAGGGAAUUCCAAUCUCUUCUGGGCCGAGCGGUUCGGCAAAGAGUUUCUCUCCAUGAGCGAUCUCUGGGUCAAGCAUUGUGGCAUCAGCCACACCGGCUCUUUCAAGGAUCUGGGCAUGACAGUUCUGGUCAGCCAAGUGAAUAGACUGAGGAAACUGAACAAACCCGUGGUGGGCGUUGGUUGCGCUUCUACCGGCGACACGUCAGCUGCGUUGUCCGCAUAUUGCGCGUCUGCUGGGAUCCCUUCCAUCGUCUUCUUGCCUGCUAACAAGAUCUCAAUGGCUCAGCUGGUGCAGCCCAUUGCCAACGGGGCGUUUGUUUUGAGCAUAGACACCGACUUUGAUGGCUGUAUGCAGCUGAUAAGGGAAGUCACUGCCGAGUUACCGAUCUAUUUGGCGAAUUCCCUCAACAGCUUGAGGUUAGAAGGGCAGAAAACGGCGGCCAUUGAGAUCUUGCAGCAGUUCGAUUGGGAGGUUCCCGAUUGGGUUAUAGUCCCUGGUGGUAAUCUGGGUAAUAUUUACGCUUUUUACAAAGGGUUUUAUAUGUGCAAAGAGUUGGGUCUUGUUGAUAGGAUUCCUAGGCUUGUUUGUGCUCAAGCUGCCAAUGCGAACCCCCUUUACUUGUAUUACAAAUCUGGGUGGAAAGAUUUCCAAGCUGUUAAGGCAAAUGCUACCUUUGCCUCCGCUAUUCAAAUUGGUGACCCUGUUUCCAUUGAUAGAGCUGUUUAUGCGUUGAAGAACUCCGAUGGUAUUGUGGAGGAAGCUACUGAGGAGGAGUUGAUGGACGCCAUGGCUCAUGCAGAUUCUACAGGGAUGUUUAUUUGUCCUCACACUGGGGUUGCAUUGACAGCCUUGAUUAAGCUGAGGAAGAGUGGGGUUAUAGGUGCCAAUGAUCGGACGGUGGUGGUCAGUACAGCUCAUGGGUUGAAAUUUACGCAGAGUAAGAUUGAUUACCACUCCAAGGAGAUCAAAGACAUGGCCUGCCGAUUUGCUAACCCACCUGUGCAAGUGAAAGCCGAUUUCGGGUCUGUUAUGGAUGUUUUGAAGAAGUAUCUGUUGAGUAAAGCUCCAAAACAUUAGGCGGCUAGUGAGAAUUGACCUGGGAUAGAGGAGGAUCAUCUAUUAGGCAUCACUGCCGAUUUUGACAAGUUCAUCAUUUCAAUCAACUGAUAACUCUAUUUUCUUUUCAUGAUCUAUGCUUUUUCUUUGAGCAUUUCAUAUAUUUGAUGAUUUGCUUUGUGUGGUA